AUGCUUCUCUCCAUGUACCUCGAGCUGGACCGUCUAGGCGUGAGCGCCGCCGAGGUGCGCCCGGCCCUUGGUGGAUGGGCUGCGGCUAUUGCUAGCAACAUCCCCCCUAACCGUGCGACUGCGGAUCCGGCGGAUCCUGUCAUUUAUGGAAAGGCGGUUUUCUCUACUCUGGUCUAUGUUGGGCAGAUUCAUGGUUGUUCGAUGGAAUGGUUGUUGUGGUUCUCUGCGGCUCUAGCGACCAUGGUGGUCAAGCG